AGAAAGCUAACUCUGAGAGAACUUUAAAAGCUUUUUUCAUUUGAAAUUUAAUUUCUAGAGCUGAAAAAGCUGGAGAGCCAUUAGAAGCUAGUUGACAAUCGCGAAUAGCACGUCAAACGAGUGUUGUUAAUUUUAUUUAAAUUUUUGAUUUCUUAAAUUAUUAUGGAGACCGAGGCAAAAAUAGAUUCACCUGCCAGCAAAGUGCCCAAUUGGGUGCAGGCUGAGCUCUUUUUAGAUGUGUUGAAAGAGUCUGUCAAGGGAUUCUCGAAAAUCAAGAGCUUUAAGACCAACAGCGGAUCGGCAACAGGCGAAAACUAUGCAACGAUCAUGCUGAGAGUCACUAUAGAUGUUGAACUGGAGGAUGGAAAGGAAAAGUCUGUAUCUUAUAUGCUGAAGGUUCCACAUCAACUGGAAAUGUUUCAAAAGAUGGAAAAUGAUAUAUUUACUGCGGAGCGUAGUAUGUAUAAGACAGUUGUUCCUGAGAUGGAACAAUUGUAUCGCGAUGCCGGCGUGGAGGUGAAAUUUGGUGCCCAGAUCUAUGAAUUGAAGGGUGCUACAACUGAAUAUAUACUUCUGGAGGAUCUGGCUCCCAAGGGUUUCAAGAACAGCAAUCGAAUAGAAGGUCUGGAUCAGGUUCAUACUGAAUCGGCAUUGCGAAAGUUGUCCCAAUGGCAUGCAGCCUCCGCUGUGCGUGUGGCCACAAAAGGGGCCUAUCCAGAUCAUCUUAUUUUUGGAUUUUAUAAGGAGGAGAACCGCGCUAUGAUGGUCGAGGUAAACAAACAAUUGGGACAGAAUUUUGUUAAGUGCUGUGCGACGUAUGAGGGCAAUGAGGAAUACAUUGAGCAAGUGAAAGCUCUUCAACUCAAAUUUAAUGAUGAAGUCCUUAAAUUGGUUAAGGUCGAUCCAAAUGAAUUUAAUGUACUUAAUCAUGGUGAUUUUUGGAGUAACAACAUGAUGUAUUCUCAUGAUUCUUUUGGGAAAAUCAAAGAGAUUUAUUUGGUGGACUUUCAACUGCCCAAAUAUGGAACUGUAGCUCAAGAUUUGUACUAUUUCUUGCUGUCAUCGACCAAGUUCGAGGAUAAACUGACAAAAUUUGACUAUUACAUCAAGUUUUAUCACGAAAACCUUACACAACAUCUAAAACUACUCAAGUAUCCAAAAACUAUACCCACUCUUCGUGACAUUCACCUAUCGCUCUUCAAACAUGGCCUUUGGGGCUAUAUGACUGCAACAAGUGUAAUGAGCGGCAUUUUACUGGAUCCCACUGAAGAUGCCUCGGUUGACCACUUUCUUAGUGACUCCAGUGAGAGCAACGAUUUCAAGACUUUGCUCUACUCCAAUCCUCGUUAUCGCAAGCAUAUCCAAGCCGUCCUGCCAUGGCUGUUAAACCGUGGUGCUCUGGAACCGUAAAUAAGUUAAAUUUGUUUAUACGCUUUUAUGCUCCAAAUGUUGGUAGCGCAAAACCUAAUCAAACACUUUAUUAUCACUUCAAGAUUAUUUUCACAAGUAUUAAUAAGCUAAUGUUACGUGUAGACUGCAUUGAAGAUGAUAACGAAUUUAUUUGCUGGGGAAUAAAUAAAUAAACAAGCGAUAGACUGUUCAA